AUGCCUCCCAAAAAGGUGCAGAAUGAGCCCAAAAAGGCCAAGCCCAGCGUCGCCGACAAGACGUUUGGCAUGAAGAAUAAAAAGAUCCAACAAAUCGCCGCCUCGACCGCAUCGGCCAAAGGUCCCGAAGCCAAACGCAAGGAAGCGGAGAAGUUGGCGCGAGAAAAGGAAAAGGCGGCGGCGGAACAGGCGGCAAGGGAAACGGCCGAACUCUUCAAACCCGUGCAGGUGCAAAAGGUGCCGUUUGGAGUCGACCCCAAGACCAUCCUCUGUCAAUUCUACAAAAAAGGGCAUUGUGACAAGGGAAGGAAGUGUAAAUUCUCACACGACCUCAACGUCGAGCGGAAGCAGGAAAAGAAGAAUCUCUACACCGACACGCGCGAGGAUGAGGAUGAAGAGGAGGAGAAGCGGAAAAAGGAAGGUGGCAUGGAGGAUUGGGACGAGGAGAAACUCCGCCAGGUCGUCAUGUCCAAGCAUGGAAACCCCAAGACCACCACCGACAAGGUCUGCAAAUUCUUCAUCGAAGCCGUGGAGAAUGGUUUCGUCCUCAAGACCAAAGAGCAGCGUGCCGCGGAGAAGGCGCUGAUGGACAAAUCCCCGCUGGCAACCCUCACUUUGGAGGACUUUUUGGAAAGCGAACGGCAUAAGCUGACGGGUACUCUCACUCCCGUCACUCCCGAGACCUUUGCCAAAUGGAAGAAGGAGCGGUUGGAUAAGAAGGCCGCCGAAGCCCAGGCCCAGGCUAUGAAGGAGGCUACGGGUAGGGCGCUGUUUGAAAAGGGCGACUGGAAGGAUGAUUCUGAUGAUGAGAGUGGUGAUGACGAGGACGAUGAUUUGCAACGAUUGCGUGCGCAGACGGAGCGGGAGAGAGAGGAGAAGGAGUUGGAGAGGAUUGGGGCGUUGGGUUGA